AUGUUGGAUAUCAAGGCGUGGGCUGAGUACAUUGUGGAGUGGGCUGCCAAGGACCCUUACGGGUUCCUGACGACCGUGAUCUUGGCCCUGACGCCGCUGUUUGUGAUCAGCGCGGCCCUGUCCUGGAAGCUGGCAAAAAUGAUUGAGGCCAGGGAGCGAGAGCAGAAGAAGAAGCAGAAGCGCCAGGAGAAUAUUGCAAAAGCCAAGCGAGCCAAGAAGGAUUAA